GUACUUCACCUCUCUCAUCCUUCAUCCACAUUUGAGCUUUUUGCUCUCAUUUUUCUCUCUUCCUCUCUCUCCCCCACGGACUGGAGAGAGCAAAAUCAAUCAUCCAUGGCGAAGCUCACCUCCCUCCUCAUAUUCUCAUCUCUUCUCUCUCUCCUCUUGCUCUCUCUUUCACCCUCUUAUGUUCUUGCUGAUUCCCACUUUGAAGGAUUUGAACCAGAACUCGACGACCUCGAAGAUGACGAUCUUUCACUCCCCCUCACCGAUCUCCCCCUCCGUCCUCCUCCUCUUACCCAGUCCGAGCCCGAACCCGCCGGAAUUUCUUCUCUGGAUCGAGAUUCUGAUGCACCGGAUCCGGUGGCCGAGCCGUCGGAUCCUCAAUCUCCACCCUCUGUCUCCGAUUUUCCGAAGCCGUCUCCGACUAGCUUCAAUUACUGGGAUGAGGACGAAUUUGAAGGUUUGCCGAUUGAGCAACCACAAGAACCGGUACAACAGAGCUCCAAAUCUGCGGAGGAUUCAGCCUCCACCAAUCCGAACUCUGAUUCAAAACCUACCUCUCAGAUUCCCAAACAUGCGAAUGCUCCGAAGUCAUAUACUGUUGAAAUUGUCUGCGGAUCUUUCUUGGUGAUUUUUGUGAUAAACUAUUUUACCGGAAAGCGCGAGAACGAGAACAUUGCUCUAUCUUGGGCUGCGAAAUUCGCGACCAAGGACUCCAUUUUUGAGAAGAACUUUAGUCUGCUGGGCGUGGGGGAAGGCGAAGACUCGCCUUUGCUGUUGAAAGAGGGACAGAAUGUCUUCAAAUUCUAUGCUAGUGGGCGAAGGUAUUGCCAAGGGCUGUUGGCGACAAUGGAGUUGAAGAGCCGACAUGAUUUAAUCUCGAGGUUGUAUAAUAUGGUGGUGCCAUGUAAGGAUGAAAUUAGCUUCGAAGUCUAUAUGAAUGAUGAUGCGAUGGAUCAUAUUAUCUUUGCCGUGGCGAAGAAGAAAGCUGCCAAAGCAAUGCAAAAGGAUUUGAGGGAUUUGCAAAGAUUUGCCGGGAUUUUGGCGCCACCCAGAUGGGUUCCUGAAGAGUUGAGCGUAAUUUCUGAAUCGAAGGAAGUCGCUGCAGAUUUGAUCACAGAGGCCGUUCUUGACCAGGUUUUUGGUGAAAAAUCUUUUGAGAAAUUUGGGAAGUAUUUCAUCUCGAUGCACUUCUCGGAUCAGCAUUCAGGCAUGCACAAGAAGAUGCUGUUGUUCAAGUUUGCCCUCCCAGAUGCCAACAACAUGGCAGAUAUUUCUCGUCUAGUAGCCCUUGUGCCCUAUUACAUCGACACUGUUGGACGCUACAAGCUCAGUUCACAGGCUCGCUCGAAAACUGAAGCUGCCAGGUCGAAGGCUGCUCAAGAGGCAUACAGAGAGCUUCAAAAUGCAAGGCAAGAAGCGCUGCAGAAGAGGAAGGCAGAGAAGAAGAAACUGAUGGAAGAAGCUGAAGCCAAAUUAAGUGCUGAGGCUCUUCGACGGAAAGAGGCGAAAGACCGCGCCAAGCAGAUGAAGAAAGCGAUGCCAAAGAUAAAGAUGAGCCGCACUCGUUAAGGAUUCGAUUUUUUCCAAUGCAUUCAACCAUGAGUCGCAAAGCAAACUUGCCUCUUCUUCAUCUGGUUUUCUAAUGUCGUUUAAGAGCUCAGCAAGGGUUCCUGGUUUCAUCGCAAAUUUUGACGAUCAGGGUAGCGGACCUUGUACUUUUAGAUUGCAUUACACUAGCUCGUCAUCCCAUAAUAACAGUACUAUAGAAACUAGCUUUUGUUUUUUUCGCUAAAUUAAAUCCCUUUUUUCUUUAUUUUAGUUCUCUACCUGUGGUGGCCCUUUUAGUCAUUGAGAACGAUCUGGUUGCAUAGGACUUUUACUGAAAUGUAUUGUUGAAGUCUUACUCCAGUGAUGAAUUAUAGACCUCUUUUUGAGACGAUCA